AUGGCUGCAAUAUUGAAGAAGGGUUGGAGGGAGGGAUGCAGACCCUGUAUACGAUUAGAUGGGUGUCAUUUAAAAUCAGUUCACAAGGGUCAGUUGCUUUCAGCUAUGGGGAUUGAUGGCAAUAAUGGGAUUUAUCCAAUUGCAUGGGCAAUUGUGGAAGCAGAAUCAAGGGACACCUGGACAUGGUUUCUAGAAUUCUUGAGGGAGGAUUUGGACAUACAUCACAGAACUCAUUACACAUUCAUGAGAUUGGAAUUGAAACAAAAAUUGUGGGCUAUUGCUAGAAGCUACACAAUGAAUCAGUUUAGGGAUGCUUUGGAGGACAUGAAGAAAAGCUCACAAACUGGUUGGCAAUGGUGCAUGGACAGGCCUGCACAACAUUGGUCAAAGUCACACUUUGAUCCUAAAUUCAAGUGUGAUAUUCUGUUGAACGACCAUUAUGAGAGUUUCAACAAAAGCAUCCUACCAGCUAGGAAGCAGCCCAUUCUUAGUUGUUUGGAAGACAUCAGAGCUGCCACAAUGUUGAGAUUAGCUAAUAGAAGACAAUCUGGCCCUAAUUGGAGGUGUAAUGUUGGGCCAAGAAUUGAAAAGCAGCUCAGGAAGAAUGUAGAGCUUAGCCAUGAGUACAGGGUUAUCAGUUCAAGUAAUAGCAUAUUUGAGAUUCAAGGUAGAGGGGUAGCAUGUGCCUCAGGUGUGUUGGCUGCACAUUCAGUGUCAUUGGACACAAGGACCUGCACAUGUAAGAGAUGGGACAUCUCUGGGGUAUCCUGUGGGAAUGCAGUAGCUGCAAUUCACUCUAAAGGGUUGAGGCCUGAUGAUUUUGUGCAUGAAUACUUCACCAAGAACACCUACAUGAAGGCAUAUGAGCCCAUUUUGUUCCCAAUAGCUGGAGUGGCUGAGUGGCACAAGAUCAAUAGGCCAAUUGCACCUCCUCUUUAUCUUUAUAGGAGCAAGGUAAGAAUGUGCAGCAGCAGCAGGAGGAUGAGGCAGUGCAGUAGCAGGAAAAUGGGGAAGUGCAGCAACAGGAUUCUCAAGAAGCUGAGCAUGUCCACCAGCAACACAAUGAAACUGAGCAUGUGGAGCCACAAGUUUCCUAGAAUGUGCAAGACUCCCAGCCAGCUUAUGAGCCAAGCCAGCAAUUCCAGACUACUGCAGCUUUAG